UAUUAGAAGUAAAUAGCAUUACAGUUCAACGACAGAUAGAAGGAUUGUCAAGUAUUUGUUAUUGUUAUCUAUUGAUAUACCUUACUUGGUGAAGUGAGUAAUUCAUACGACUUUGAUAAUAGUUGUAUUAACAAAUAAACAGACAUCAUCAUGAGCAGUAACAAUCAAAAUGGUUCUGCUCCAAGCACAGCAAACUCUGGUUCUGAUUCCAGCAGUCUGAAUCAAUCACAAGCUAAUGUCAUACCUAGAGAUGUUAGAUUAUUGCAUUUGAUAUUUGCCACUCAAGGUAUUCAAAAUUAUCAAGAUCAUGUGCCGUUACAAUUAAUGGAUUUUGCUCAUAGAUAUACUAAAUCUGUUUUGAAGGAUGCAUUAGUGUAUAAUGACCAUUCAAAACCUUUAAAUUCAAACACCAAUUUGAAUUCAAAUACAAACACCACCAUCAAUACUGAUGAUAUAAGAUUAGCCAUUGCUGCUAGAACAAAUUUCCAAUUCAAACCUACUCCACCAAAGGAAUUAUUGUUAGAAUUAGCAGAAGAAAGGAAUUCAAAAUCAUUACCUCCUGUUAUACCAAAAUGGGGUUUAAACUUACCCCCUGAAAAGUAUUGUCUUACAGCCAGAGAUUUUGAUAAUAUUGAUGAUGAAUUAGAUGAAUUAGAUGAACCUUCAUCUAAGAAAACAAAGAACUAAGAUAUCUCAAGUGGUCCCAUAUAACACUUGAAAAUCAAAGUAUAAGCCUCGUUGAUUGACUUAUUUAGUUAUAUUCCACAUCAAUUAUCAACCCCUAAACCCAUCAAUUCAUAUGAAUUGACACAAUUAUGAAACUAAUGUAUACUAGAACUGUAUUAAUAUAUAUUUAUAUACACUUGCCAACACUAUCAACUGUAAUUAACUUACUCUU